AUGCCAUUGGGUUCUGUCCAGUACAGCCGCACCUUCAGAUUCCGAGACGGCCGGACGAUCGGUAUCUUCUGUGGGGCGCCGACGAUCAGGAUGGAGAAUCUUUGUGUUCGAUUCCAUGUUCGUGGGAGAAUUGAAUAUGAUGGGAAGGAGUGGAACUAUAUUGGAGGAAAGAGUGGCUGCUCAUCCGUGCCCAUUACAAACCUGUCGAUAGAAGCCCUCAAGAAUCAUCUGCAUGAUUAUAUGGUAAUUUCUCAUGAAGAUUUGGAAGAGACCACUCUUAGUUGGAGACUGAUUGAAAAGGAGAGAAAUUUGAAUUUCAUGUGCAGCCUUGUUGACAACACAAAUGUCAUAAACAUGGUUCGGCAUGUGAAUAGAGUUGCAGAUGGUUAUGUUGACAUCUUUGCAGUUAGUCCAGAAAGAACUGCAUUUGCUAGUUCAGAAGAAGGUGGAUUUGAGGAGCAAGGAGCAGUGACAAAAGAGCAGAAAGAAGCUGAGCAAGUUGAGCAUGAGCGCCAGCUUGAGUUUUUACAGAUUAAAGUGGAGCAUGCGCACCAAGUUGAGUAUGAGCAGGCAGAAGGGAUGCAAAUUCAGCAACUUGACCAACAAUUACUUAACCAAUUCGUUCCAAAUGUAGCAAGAAAAAUGCCAGUUGUGAGGGCACCAAUGAAUCUGCAGGACAAAGGCAAAGGAAUCCAAAUUGAGAUUGCACAUGAAGGAGGGGAUGCUGACGACAGAUCAGAUAGUGAUUAUGAGAAUGUUCAUGAAGUAGAUAGUGGAGAUAGUAGUGCCGACGAUGAUGAGGCCAUAUUCUACAGGAAGUAUGUAGAAGAAUUGAAGGAGAGUGUCAAAAGGCAAAUGCUUGGAGAGGACAGGGCUAAAGUGAAAGAAGAGUUCAUUGUUCCAGAGAAUAUUAAAGAAGAACAAGAAGAGGGAAGUGAGUGCUUUGACACAGAUGAUGAUCUUUCGUUCGAUGAAGAUAGUGAUGGAGAAGUGAGAACAAGGAAGACCAAACACAGAGUAUAUGAUGAGACUGCUCAGGUGAAAGAGUUUGAAGUUGGGCAAAGCUUCACAGACAGUAGACAGUUCAAACAAGCACUUAUCAACUAUGGAUUGAAGGAGCACCAUCAUUUGAGAUUUCCAAAAGAUGAGAGGACAAGAGUUCUUGCGGAAUGCAGUUGGGUCGGUUGUCCAUGGAGCAUAUAUGGUUCACUUGUACCCAGCAGGUCACAGUGGUUCAAAGUCAGUAGGUACAACAAUGUGCAUCGCUGUGUAAAAAGGAGAAACAAUAAGCUUGUUACUAGUGCGGUAAUAGCAGAGAAGUAUUUUAGGGAGAUCAAGGAUAAUCCUAGUUGGAGGAUUGAUAAGAUGCAGGAAGCAGUGCUAGAAGAUUUACUUGCUGAUGUUAGUGAAUCAAAGUGCAAAAGAGCUAAAAAAAUUGUUAUGGACAAGCUUGUUGAUAACACAAGUGGAGAAUAUGCCAGAGUGUUUGACUACCACAUGGAAUUGGUGAGAAGCAACCCCGGAAGCACAGUUGCUGUCACCUUGAACCCUGAUGUGACUGACAAGCCUGUAUUUGAAAGAAUGUAUGUCUGUUUGGAAGGUUGCAAAAUAGGUUUUCUUGCUGGCUGUAGAAGAGUUGUAGGCCUGGAUGGGUGUUUUCUGAAAGGUGCAGUCAGUGGUCAGAUCCUAAGUGCAGUUGGAAGAGAUCCUAACAACCAAAUGUACCCUAUUGCUUGGGCUACAGUUGAAGGAGAAAACUAUGACAGCUGGUACUGGUUUUUGUCACUCCUUCAAAAAGAUAUACAGAUCAACAACCAAGGUGAUGGAUGGGUUGUGAUAUCUGAUCAACAAAAAGGCCUUAUCAAGGCAGUCGACGAGAUUAUUCCAAAUGCAGAACACAGAAUGUGUGCGAGGCACAUCUAUGCGAAUUGGAGAAAGGAGCACAGAGACAAGGUUUUCCAAAAAAUGUUUUGGGCUUGUGCUAAAUCCAGUGACACCGUACAGUUCAACUACAAUAGGGCAAAGCUAGCACAGAAAACAGAAGCUGGUGCAAAAGAUAUGAUGAAAACUGCGCCUAUACAUUGGUGUAGAGCCAAUUUUAGGCUAGGUUCCUAUUGCGAUUCUGUUGACAAUAAUAUGUGCGAGUCCUUCAACAAUUCAAUAAUGAGAGCUAGAUUUUACCCAGUUGUCACCUCCAUGGAGAUCAUCAGGAGGAAGGUCAUGAUUCGAAUAGCAGAAAAUAAGCACAAGUCGCAAGACUGGCAUGGUACAAUAUGUCCCAACAUAUUCAAGAAACUGAAGCUAAAUAUCAAGAGAUCCAACACAUGCCCUGUUUUAUACAAUGGAGAUGAUGGAUUUGAGGUUGCAGAAGGGACUCACAAAAGGUUUACUGUCAACUUGGACAGAAGAACUUGCAGCUGCAGAUAUUGGGACCUAUCUGGAUUGCCUUGUUGCCAUGCUAUCAGUGCUAUUUACUGUCUUGGAAAAGAGGUUGAUGAGUUUAUUGCACCUUGUUACAGGAUCGAGCUGUAUGAGCAGGUGUACAGCCAUGUGUUGCAACCUGUAGAGGGUAAAGCUCAAUGGCCGUUAGCUCCAAAUCCUAGGCCUUUUCCACCACAGAAAAAGAAAAUGCCUGGACGGCCACAAACUGAGAGAAGAAGAGAAGAGCAAGAAAAACCAAAGGGUGAUAAAUUGUCAAGGAAGGGUUGCGUAAUUAAAUGCUCAGCAUGUGGAGGUUUAAACCAUAACAAAAGGAAGUGCACAGGUAACCCAGAUGUUGUUAGGGAGCAUGCACACCAGAAAAAAGCAGCCAGGAGUGCUAAGAGAAAGCAAUCAAAAACAGCAGCUAAGGAGUCAUCAUCUACAUCCCAGCAGCAACCUCAAGAGAAGCAUGUCUUAUAUUAUGAGAAGCCUACAAGACCAAGGAAGAAAGCAACUCCACAACCUGUUCCUGCUACAGAACAUGUUCCCGCGCCACACCAAGCUUCUGCCCAACAUAAGGUUCCUGCGCAUCGACAAUCUAGUCAACCAUCAAGUCAAGCAUCAGCUAAUCAAUCAUGUAGUCAACCAUCAAGUCAAGUAGCAAGGAGAGAAACAAUUCCCAUGUCUGAUGUUGUCACACAAGCAUUGCCAAAGGAAGGGAGACUAAAAUGGUACUUACUGGGGAAUCAGAAUGGAGGUGCACGCGGAGAAGGAGAAGACUAG